AUGUCUGGACAUGAUCACCACGACCAUGGCCACGGUGGACAUUGCCAUGGGGAGCAUGAUCAUUCCAAUGAUAUCACUCCAGCUAUUCAGUCUCUGCUCUAUUCUCAGAUCGACUUUGAUUCAAUCAACACCCUGAAUGAGGCGACACCAAGAUCCGGAGCUUCAGUCGUACAAAAGACAUGGGCGGAACGACUGAACGAUACGCCUGAGCUAGAGAGCGAUGCUGAUGAACAGCUGCUCAUGUACAUCCCAUUUACUGGCCAAGUCAAGGUCCACUCUCUACUGCUUUACACUGCGCCUACCUCCUCCGCUCCGAAAACCGUGAAACUUUUCAAAAAUCGCGACGACCUCGACUUUUCCACGGCUUCAGAACUCUCACCAACACAAACCAUUGAAGUUCCACAGCCACAAGCCGGUGCCGAUGUCUUUGAGCUUCCUCUGAAUCGCGCGCACUGGAACACAACUACUUCAAUCACACUGUUCUUUGAGGACAAUUGGAGCGACGGAGAAGAAGAUGUGACUAAAGUCGGAUACAUUGGCUUUAAGGGCCAGUUUAUGGCACUUAAUCGGGAGCCAGUAAGCUUCUUGUACGAGGCGGCUGCUAACCCUAGCGAUCACGUUGCUAUUCCGGGGGUCAAGGACGCCGGUGGCCGGAUCAUGCCUGGUCAGUAG